AUGAAUUAUGUAAAUACGAACGAAUCGACAGAAAGCGCACUUGAUUUACGGCAAUUUUCGAUAAACUCAACCGAAAGUUUUGGACAAAAGGCAAAACAUGAUUUUCCCGAAUUUAAAAAUCGCAAGCAAACAGGGAACAAACGAUUAUCUGCAGCUGAACUCCAAUUAAAACGUCGACAAGAAUUUGAAAUAAAAUUCAAUGAUGAAGUAAAGAAACGAAAACUGGUCGCAAACAUAACACCACUGCGAGAAGAGCCACCUCGAAAUGAUGCAGAAACACCGACGGUACAGACACCACCUAAUAUUCGUAACAUUGAAAGUCUUUUCCGACUAUUACAAGCUCGAAUCUCCACUAAUUUUGGUACAGUAUUACCAAAUCCAUUGAAUAGCGGCCUUACUCCGAACCCAAUCAACGAUGUAAACGCAACGAGUACUCUGGAUGCUAGGGACUCUCUUUUGUCAAUACCAGUCUCUUUGUCAAACAUUAAACAGGAACCGACGGAUGAGGCAAAUAUAGCUUUCAACAAUUCUAAUAUUGAGAAGAAUAUCGAAGAGUCCGCUUAUGUUCAAAUAGGUCCACACGGCACACGCGUAUCCAAAGUGGAUUUAGCUUCAAUAGACUGGACGGAAGCAUCACUUGCCACGCGAAAACUUAUGUCUUUUCUAUUUGACCGUCAAACGCUAGGGACACAUACGCUCAGUGGCAAACUCUCCCCAGCUUUCCGUGACCGACAACUGAAGGCGCAACUGGAUCCACUGAAAGUAGCUGACAUUAAACAUUAUGUGCAACAAAAGAUUAACUGUAAUGAACGUGAAAUUCGCAGCGCAAUAACUAUGAAAUGCGCCGACACCGCAAAAGCUAUCAGAAGGCGGAGGUUGAAGUUGGAGACAUCGUUGUAA